UGUCUGAAGGAGUAGAAGAUCUUUGAAGCUGCCUCCAAGCUUUCCUCUAGUGUUACCUUCAUUCUCUCAAACACUCAAAGAUUUCUAGCAAUCUAAUUCUGCCAGCAGAUAAUAGCCGCAAAGCUGAGUUUAUUCUCUUUGUCGCUCUGUUGCGCAACGUUUACCUUCAAUCUCAGCUACCAUUGAUGGAAGUGACCGUAUGGUUGAGAAUGGAGGAAUCUGGCUAAAGGACUUUUCUCCCAAACGCUUCUCGCCUCCGCACAAAUAAGUAGACAAUGAUUAAUUGAUUCACGGUCAUUGUAGCAACAGACACAUUCUGGGUUUGAAGAAGCAAACUUGGCAUUGAGGUUCAGCAUUACUGGGAAGACUUCAUAGCACACCUUCCAGAGGAACAAUUGGAUUUUGGGGGGAUUGCAAGUUUCUAGAUUUGAGACCAAAGAUGGGGGUUCUGCAUUAUGUUUGGGCAAUGGUCAAUUUCAACAUGGUAGAAUUAGUUUAAUUGCGAGGAUUCUGCUUGCAAUUUCUGAGGGGAAAAUACUGUGAAUUAGAAUCUGGUUCCAUGACCGUGAGUUGAGCAAGAGGUCCUUCACCCAGAAAAUUGAGUUACACUGCGGUUGGAAAGAUUGAUUCUAGUUAAUGCAGAAAGGGAAAGGAGGUGGUAGCCAGGGGUCUCCAAAAACUUUAAUUCCGCUCCCAGAUCCUACUUUCCAGUUCAAGCCUUUCUCUACAACUCUGCGCCCUUCCAGGAUACUGCGCCAGCCCUAUGAAGUAGUAGACUAUGAUGUAGCUCCAAUGGAGAAAAAAGAGCAAGAAGCUUUGUAUUCUACCAUUCAAGGCUUCGUUGGUGAUUCAUGGAAUGGCUCAGAUCUUUAUCCAGAUCCUUGUGGUUGGACUCCAAUUCAGGGUGUAUCUUGUGAUCUGUUUGAUGGAUUUUGGUAUGUUACUGUCUUAAACAUUGGACCAAUCCAUGAUAACUCUCUGGUUUGUGCUCCAAAUUUGGAAUUUAGGCCACAAUUGUUUGAGUUAAGGCACCUGAAAUCUCUGUCCUUCUUCAAUUGCUUUCAAUCACCAAACAAGCUUCCAGUUAGCAUCCCGGCUGGAAGCUGGGACAAACUAGCCGAAAGCUUAGAAUCGCUCGAGUUCAGAUCAAACAAGGGCCUAAUUGGAACCAUUCCUUCAAGUUUCGGUGUCCUCAAGAACCUCGAAUCGCUUGUGUUGCUAGAGAAUGGCUUAUCAGGUGAAAUUCCAACAGAAAUUGGUAGUCUCAUCAAAUUGAGAAGACUUGUUCUUGCUGGAAACUAUUUCAAUGGUAACAUUCCGGAUACAUUUGGUGGACUUAAGGACUUAUUAAUCUUUGAUCUAAGUCAGAAUUCGCUAUCCGGGGUGUUGCCUUCGACACUUGGAAGCUUAACUUCAGCAUUGAAGAUUGAUGUUAGCCACAACAACUUGGAAGGUAAUUUGCCAAAUGAAUUUGCUAAUCUUAAGAAUUUGACACUUAUGGACCUUAGAAGCAACAAAUUCUCUGGUGGAUUAACUUUGUCUCUUGAAGAAAUGUGUUCCUUGGAAGAAAUGGUUUUGUCCAACAAUCCCUUAGGUGGAAGCAUCAAUGUCCUAAAGUGGGAAAAGCUUAAGAACUUGGAAGUUUUGGAACUCUCUAACAUGGGGCUAAUAGGUGAAAUUCCUGAGUCAAUAUCAGAGUUAAAGAAAUUGAGAUUUCUAGGCCUAAGUGAUAACAACCUCACAGGAACAUUGUCACCUAAGCUAGAAUCUCUUCCUAGCCUCAAUGCAAUUUACCUAAGUGGAAACAAUUUCAUAGGAGAGCUUAAAUUCUCCAAGGACUUCUAUGGAAAAUUAGGGAGGCGUUUUGGUGCAUGGAACAACCCAAACCUUUGUUACCAAAUUAGAGAAAUGUCAAGUAGCAGUGUUCCUUAUGGAGUAAAACCAUGCCAACAACACCAAGAAGAGGUUAAUUUGGUAGAAUAUAAUUCAAAUUCUAAGAUUCUCAAUGGGAAUGUGAAUGUGACUUCACAUAACUACAUAUCCUCUAUGGGGGUUUCUAGCCAUGUUACCAAUGGCUUAUGGUGCAGUUUUAUGGAAACAAUGUUGGUGAUGUGUCUAUGUCUAGUUGUAUAGUUAGCUCUUCCAUCAAGAACAAAGAUUCAACUUGUAUUUCUUUUUCUUUUAAUUUUUCUUUUUUAGGCUUUUUAGUUUUCUUCUAACAUAUGCUGAUAGUGUUGUCAAUUACUUAAUUUAUUGCCCAACAAAUUAGUUAUCUUCACCUGAACAUUGCAGCUCAAUUAAUAUGGUUUCUUUAAUUGAUAUCUGUAUAAUAUAGUAACUACUCCACAUUA